UCCUUAAUUGGGAUUCAUUAGCAUCCUGAGAACUUCAAUUAUACGGCAAUAUCCCUACAAAAACUAUUAGCAUUCGUGGAAAAUCCGACAUUGGAAUUCUUUAGGAUCCGGACAUUCCAAAAAUACGGAAAGAUGCUGCUUAGCAUCCGUGGAAAAUCCCAUUUUGGGAUAUGUUGGGAUCCAUUUAUUAAGGACCCCAGAAAUCUAAAUUUUGGAUAUUUUACAGAUCCCACUCGAAUCCGUUUGCAUCCGCUAGCAUUUGUUACAAAUACGUAAAUAUCCCUGUUCGGAUGUGGCUACAUCCGAUGCCUUUCACCCAGUGUUUGUUACAUAACAUGCUAGUUACAUAACAUGCUAGUUACAUAACAUGCUUUUGGUUCUGAGACAAAAAGUUAUGCUAAGGGAGGAUCAUUAGUCGAUUACAAAGUAAAUCAUAAGUUGUUAUUAAACGGAUAUGGAGUUUGCUGUGCGAAAAAGGCUUCUACGUCCUGUGUCCUUAUUCAGUGUUUCCUUUCUGACAAUGGUAUUUGUUGUCUUAUAUUCGCUGCAAGGAAAUUACAAGAAGCGAAUGAUAUUUCCCGUCUCUCAACAUAAGAGAGCAUCACGAUCAGUAUGGCACAACGUCACCGCCGCCGACUUUAUCAGAAAUAUGACAAGAAAACGAUUCUUGACGUGUCGGCAUUUCCUUCCAUAUUCAUAUCCUGCCACAAAAUCUUCGGAAUUUCGAACUGAGAAGCAGUGUACCAGAAGAUCACCAGUUGGACAUUACCGCACAUGCGCAAUCGUCGGGAAUGGUGGCAUUCUCCUCUCUAGUGGCUGUGGAAUGAAAAUUGACAGCAAUGAGUUUGUGAUCAGAGUGGCACAUUCACCGAUCGAAUCGUUUGAAAAGGAUGUUGGCCAGAAGGUCAACUUGACAGUUGUGAACGACGUAUUUUUGGGGAAAUUGCAGAAGAAAGGCAUAGAUCCAAAUUGGCUACGAUCUCGAAACAACUCUAUAAUAAGCUAUGUACUCAAUCACAACAAUAAUCUAAAGACUUUAAACGACGUAGUGAGGAAGUCACAUCUCAACAUAACAAUCACAAACUCUAAGUAUCCAACAAGGGCACUGGUCAGAAAGUUCUGGAAUGAUACCAGGAAGACGUUUCUAGAGGUCCCGACGGCUGGACUUAUCACCUACACUCUUGCUUCAACAUUCUGCGAUGUCAUUACAUUAUACGGCUUCUAUCCUUUUGGUCAGGAUUGGAAUAACAGAACUCUGCUUUACCAUUAUUACCAAAGUGGCCUUGCCAAAAUUUUUUUUGACAAAAAUAAAUUGCAUGACUAUCCAAGUGAGCAUAAAAUCUUGAAAUCACUACAUAAUUUGAAAGCUCUUAAGAUGGUUACUGAUGUUUGCACCUAAGUUGUCUCUAGAUUGUAUUGUAGCUUGAAUAUAUUAGUGUUUCGACUAUGCAGCGUACGUUAUGUAGCGGACUUCUUUCCCGUUUCGGCUGCUAUGUAAGAUUUCCCGUAUUGAACUGGGGUCAUAAUACAUUCUUUUAUAUACAUUUAGUAGAAUUAGUUUGGGUGUACAUUUUACUCCCCUCAGGUAAAUUACUGUAUAGGUGGUCUAUAACAGGGGACUUACGAAUCGAUACGUGGAGAGAAAUUACCUUAACCUGAUUGCUACUUCUCAUUCAACAAGGCAUUAUCAAGCAGACACCUUAGCUCUACUUAAAAAUUGCGGUCACCUAUCAACAACCACCGUGAUUGAACUGAUGAAGGCAAACCACCACAGCGGAAAACGGCUCGUCUGGUUGUAUAACAAAGCAAACAUGAAAGUAGGAGUUUUAAAAGUUUAGAUAAAAAAAAAA